GGUUUCGUAAAAUCAAUUGUCAGAUAUGCUAUAAAUCUUGCUCGUCGCUGGAAGCUUUGAGAAAACAUACUAGAAAAGAUCAUAUGAAACGCAAAGCAUGGUACACAGGCUAAGCAUAACGCCGAAGAUCCCGAGAAUGCAAGUACAAACAACGCCAAGAAAAUUGAAAGGAGCAAGCAUAUGGAUAACAUAACGACCCUGUUCAAUCACACGAACGCUACGCCCAUACGUUCACAGAAAGACAUUGGGUACGGAUGUUGCUUCUGUAAGAAGUUCUACUUAAAACCGGCCGAACUAAAAGAGCACACAAGACAAACACACCAAUCCGAAAUACCGAACGUUAUGAGAGACAAAUCACUGAACGAUUAUCACGUGAAGCUCGAUAUAACGAAUUUACAAUGCAACGAAUGCAAGAUAAAAAUAGAUAAUCUAGACGAUAUGAUGCGUCAUCUAAAAGAGCACAACCUAGAUAUACAUUUGGACAUAAACAAUCAUAUAAUGCCUUUCAAUUUCGAAGGCGACGAAUUGCGCUGCACAAUUUGUAAAGCGGAAUUCAACAAAUUCAAGAAGCUCGCUGAACAUAUGAACAAGCACUACAGAAACAGAGUUUGCGAUGUCUGCGGCGCCGGCUUCAUAAACGAAAGAUCGUUCCAAAUACACUUCCAAGUUCACAAGAAAGGCGUUUUCACUUGCAAGUUCUGCGAGAAGGUCUUCGAUACGAUGGGCAAGAAGAAGUCCCACGAGUCAUCCGUGCACAUACACUCGCAGAUGCUGAGCAAAUGCGGGUAUUGCAACAAGAAGUUCAAGACCCACAGGAAUAAAGAGAAGCAUAUAUCUAGCGAACAUGGCGUACGCCUUAAGGAGAUCAAAUGUAAAUUGUGCGGCAAAGUGUACCUGACAGCGAACGCUUUGAGAGUUCACACGAGGCGGGAUCACUUGAAAGAGCGGCCGUUCGAAUGCCAGCUAUGCGAUUAUACGUCUUACGGGAGCAGGUGUCUUAAGAACCACAUGUUGAAGCAUACGGGCGUCAGGGAUUUCCAGUGCGAUGUUUGUUUGAAGUCGUACGCGCGGAAGAAGACUUUAAGGGAACACAUGCGGAUACACGAGGACGAUCGCCGUUUCAAAUGCGAGCACUGCGGUCUGGCGUUCAUACAGAAUUGUAGUUUGAAGGGCCAUUUGCGGUCGAAACACAGAGAUUUGGUGUCUUCAGUGUAGUGAAAUCUCAGAAUUAGGAACAUAUAGAACAAGAACUUGAAUCAUAAAGAACCUUUCCACUUUAGAAGUGUUUCUCGAACAGCCGGUUAGUUACUUCACACCAUUUAGCAGUUGACAGUAGUUAAUGGCUAAUUCACUCGCUUAAUGAUUGUAGUUUCUUAGGGCCUUCCUUAAUAUUCCUUAUUCUUUGGUUGAGUCACCCGACGGCUCUUAAAAAUGUCAGAACGUGGCAAUAAACUGCGGAAAUAAUCCAACGCUACACCUCGUUUAUCAAUAAGUGGUAAGGAACUCGCAACGAUGUCUGAAACCGUAAAAAAAUUCUACAAUCAUUUUUCUAUUUACCUAUAGUAGGUAUUUUAUGGCGAGGGUAGAUCAUACUUACUAUACUUUAGUGAACGUCAGUCGGGCUCCGACCGCCGAGUACGAAGGAUGUGCGCUACUUGCCUAUUUUGAAAUAGCAUUAAAUAAUGACAUAGAUUUAAAUAACUCUGCGUAGUUAAUAUUGCUCUAGUUUUAACACGUCGAUGGUAUUUCAUUCUGUCGCUGUCUAUUGAACUUUUUGCUUCCUGACACAUACAUAGCAUAAUUAAAUUAAUACAAUUGACUAGUUCGUAAGUAAAUAAUUAUGAAAUAUACUCUAAGAAUUACAUUAAGUUUGUCCAUAAUAAUACCUAUAUGUUUCAGAUGUGUAUUUAGUAAAAAUAAUA